AUGUAUACUGCAUGUAUGGCGCCCACCGAGACGUGUCAGACUAAGGUCGGCACAAGCCCGUUUCAGGCAACCCGGUUGAUGCGCGCUUUCGAUGUGUUCCCAGAAGAGGACUCCUUGGUCACAUUUUGGACCAGGCUUCAGGUCGACUUAACUCGCGAAAGUGUACGUGGCACGUGCCACCUGCCACACGGGCUCAGCCGCGACAUAAGAGUCCUGGCAUUCUGUCCUGACGAUCAAGUUGAGGAGAUGCUGGCAGCCGGGGCGGACUUUGCAGGUAUCACGGAGCCCAUCAGAAGAAUCAACCAAGGUUGGCUGGGCUUUGACCGCUGCUUGGCGACCCCGAGCAUUAUGCCGCAAGUUCUCAAGGUGGCCAAGAUCCUAGGACCCAGGAAGCUGAUCCCCAAUCCGAAGAGUGGCUCGGUGGUCACGAACCUGAAGGCCGCCAUCAAGGAGGCCAAGGGUGGGACGCUGUUGGAGUACCGUGCAGAGGGCGAGGGCGAGGUGAAGGCAACCAUUGCCGACACCAAUUUCUCGGACGCAAAGAUUUUGGAGAACUUGAAAUUUCUCGUGCAGACUCUCCUGAGAGCCCGACCCCGGUCAUCGACAACCGGCGCAGCGGAAACCGAUGCGAUGCGCAAGCCACCUGGCACUCCUUUGAUCAAAGGGUCCUACUCCCACCGACAGCGGGAGCAAGGUCCGCCCAUCCGUGCGAGUCUUAGCCGCCUUCGCUCGUCGACCCAGACUUUGAACCCCAGAGCCAUGGGGAAGAAAGGAGGUAAGAAGAAGGCGCUGGAUCCCGAGGCCGCAGCCCGGCAAGCAGCAGCAGAAAAUGAAGAAAAGAAGCGGUGGAUGGAGAUGAUAAGGGAAGCAAAGCGCCUGCGAGAAAAUUGUGAGCGUGAGGAGAACCACUUUCACCAGUUUCUGAUGGAGAGAGAGAAGAUAAACUACUUCUGGAUUGUGGAGAAGAAGACUCUCACAGAGAAGCAGGCUGACCUCCGAAACAAACAGCGAGAACUGCAAGAUCUCGAAGAGCGGCAGCAGAUCGAGCCACGGCUGAAGAUGUUUCAGCAAAGGCUGAAACACUUAAGAUAUCACCAGCAGGAUGAGGUAGUGGAGCUGAAGACUGACGCCGAGCUGUCUCUGAAGCUCCAGGAGGAUCAUCAUAGAAUCACAGAAGCUGAGAUCAAGAAGGAUCAACGGGCGCUGAAGAUGGAAAAGAAAGAAUCUGAAGUCGCACCCACCUCAGCACAGCAGGACUUCACUCGCAUGCUGAAGUUGGAGCAGGACGGGUUCGAUCGGAAGGCCCGCGACAUGCAGCAGAAGUACGAGCUGCGGAUGAAGACCAUCCGCGAAGAGAUGGAGAAGCAGAGGCGCAAACAGAUUCAGAAGAUCGAGGAGUUCAAGUCCAAAAAUGCUCAGAUCGAGCAGGUUAUGAAGAAGAACAAUUUGGACUUCACUGAGAUCAAGGUGUAUUACCAAGAGAUUACAGUUUCCAACUUCGACUCCAUCAAGCGCCUGAAGGAGGACUAUGCAUCCAUCAAGAAAGAUGAGAAUGACGACGCCAAGAAGAUGUAUGACCUCGAGCAGCGAACAUGCCUCGGAAGCAAACAGCUAAAGGAGCCAAUGAAGAAGGCAAACCAGGCCUUUGCUGCUGCCUGGGACGUUGAACGACUAGAGCGGGAGCAAGUCGCAUACGAGGAGGACAAGAAGCGCCUCACGUCAGUCAAAGAGCAGAUCAAGCAGUCCGAAACGCUCCUGAAGCGCAUGGAAUUUCAGCACGAGGUUCUGCAACAACAGCUUUCCCAGGUGACGUCCGAACGAGAGGUUCAGCAGAGGAGUGGUCUGAAGAACCUCAUCCUGGAGAAAAAGAUUGACACCGUGGAAGAGGCCCUGGAGACAACAGAAGCUCAAAUCACAGAGCUGCUGGCGUCCGCCAAUGCCGGACUCUUUGCUGUUCGGGCAAAGCUGUGGAACUAA